UAUACCUAAUAAUUUACCUUUGGCUGAUCCCACAUUUUAUAAAACAUCGGACAUUGAUGCUCUUUUAGGUGCUGAGUUAUUUUAUAAUAUUUUAUGCAUAGGUCAAGUAAAAAUCGAAAAUCAAUCAGCCGUUUUGCAAAAAACUAGGUUUGGAUGGAUCAUUGCAGGUAAAAUCUCCAAUCAAAAUACACGUAGUCCUAAGGUUUCAUGUAAUAUUGCAAUUAAUUCAGUAAAUGACCAAUUAUCAAAAUUUUGGGAAAUUGAGGAGAUGCCUGAAACAAAAUUUCUUUCAAACGAAGAAGCAAAAGUGGAACAUCACUUUUUAGACAACGUAACUCGCGAUAAUAACGGAAGGUACAUUGUAAAAUUACCAUUCAAUGAACAGAAAAAACAUCUUGGUGAUUCAUAUUCAAUUACAUUAAAACGAUUUUAUGCAUCAGAACGCAAAUUACAAAAAAAUACCGAACUGAAAAAUCAAUACGUACAAUUCAUGCGAGAAUACAAAAAUUUAAAACAUAUGUCUGAAGUUACUGAUCAUGAAAAUCAUCCUAGGGGUUAUUAUCUUCCUCAUCAUGCAGUAAUUAAAGAAAGCAGUUCAACAACCAAGGUUCGGGUAGUAUUCGAUGGGUCCGCAAAAUCAGACACGAGUACAUCGUUAAAUGAUACUUUAAACAUAGGCCCAACAAUUCAAGAAGAGUUAUUUUCUAUACUUAUUCGUUUUCGAAGUCAUAUUUAUGUUUUAGUUGCUAAAACCAUACAACUGCAUGGAUUCUGCGAUGCCAGCGAAGCUGCAUACGGUGCAUGCAUAUACACACGGUCAGUUGAUAGCAACAAUAAAUGCUAUACACAAUUAGUAUGCUCUAAAAGUAAGGUUGCUCCCUUAAAUUCAAAAAUUACAAUACCGCGACUUGAACUAUGCGCAGCAUUAUUGCUAGCAAGGUUAUACAAAAUCAUUUUAGUAGCUUUACCUAUUACAUUUGACGAAACAUUCUUUUGGUCGGAUUCAACUAUAGCGCUGAAUUGGAUAAAUACACAACCAAAUGUCUUAAAAACAUUCGUCGCAAACAGAGUAUCCGAAAUCAGAUCGAUUACUAAUUACUCGCAAUGGAACCACGUUCCAUCUAAGGAAAAUCCAGCUGACUUUAUUUCACGAGGUCAAACAAUUUCAGAGUUUUUAAACAACAGCAUGUGGAAGACUGGUCCAGAAUGGUUGCGAAAAAAUGUAGAUAACUGGCCGAAUUUACCUAUUCAAAAAAUCCCCCUAUUGGAAGUUCGUCCACAAAUAGUACUAAAUAUUUCAAUAACCGAUACAAAUUAG